GUGUAGUUGAAUGCAGUGAAUCUUCGUGCGACUCCUGGUGACCACCGAAGACGCUUCGAGGUGAACAAUUGUCAUUACGAGUCAGACGAGCAACUCGCGCAAUUCAUUGACAUUGUAGUUGUAGAGUUUGAAUCAACACAGUUUUUGCUUUGCCUUUUUGCUUUAUCUUCCACAACAAGGAGAACGCAGGACAACGAAGUUCUAUCUUCGAUUCAGGCCUAGUCGAAGACCACGUCACUCACGACUACCUCAACUACGCAGUUGAACACCUCGACUACUUAAACAAGGUCCACCCCGACUACAACGUCCUCGACUUUUUCAACCAGACCCGUUUCACCUAGUUCAACGAGGUCCUCCUGAGCGCCCAAGUACUUCAGUGUCCUUGACUAUUUCAACGACACCUAGGACAGCGUCAACGUUGUAUCGAGCAGUCGUUGAACGGCAUCCUCGUCGAUCCCGACGCUCUCCGAAGCACCAAGCUCUUCGAGAACAUUCAUUUUCCUUGUUCAUGUCUCUUCACACUCACGCUGUAACUAAAAGCUACUCCGACAUCGUUUCUCGACCAGUGACGUUUCACCCUGUAUCGACUACUGUGGGAAGCUAGUAAGUAGCUUAGCGAAAGAGUUCAACCUCAAAAACGAUAUAGACGUGUGCAGCAGACGAGGGCAGGAUCUCUGUCUCGCAAUCAUACUACGUACUGUGCAGAAAUUGAAUCUUCCAAGUGAACAUCGUCAUCAAAGUGAGACUUCGCGCAUUCCGCUUACUAGUAACGACCACAACACUUUGCCGUAGCGACUACAAACCACGACUGGUCUUACUGGUCAUACAGAGCAAGAAGUUUACGUAGAACUUCUGAGAUGAGCGAAUGAGCGGUAUUUCUUGCCUCAUAGCGCAGUGGGAAAAGACCACUAGCACGCAAGGAUUAGGGGGCUACGCUGAUUUACCACCUUAUGAAGGGUGACAAGCUUAUUUCGUCUAGGAGUUGCCGGAGUCGCUGUAUUAGCAUCUACUACUUCUAGCACAAGUACAACUAGUACUCGUAACUUACUUUACUGCAUCAUUGAUAAAUAUGUUGUUAUAAGUAUGAAUAUUUCUUGGGUAUGAAAAACCGCAUCUGCGACCACUAUCUUAUCUUAUCAUAUCCUGCAGGUCCUGCAGUGCAGGAUCUGUAGUUCCAUAGAUUUUCAACGUCUUUUCACUGUAAAAUUUUUUCCUCACACCAUAUAUUAUUUUGUAAGAGGAGUCGUCUGGUGCAAAACGAAAUCACAUAAUCUAUCACAAGAGCAAUGUUGAAUAUUCCACCACCUCCUCCUCACCCUCGUACUCGUUCAUAUCCUCCGUCGACAUUCUUCGAGUACCAGACCAUCGUCCGAUCUUUUAGCGAAUCUUCCUCCUCCUCGACGUCCGAGCACCGGUCCUGUAGUGGGGCAUAGGUUUCGUUCCGCAGAGGACCUCGAAUUGCAACUAGUGGCGCAGGUAGAAUCAUGUUUGACUGAAUGAUGAAGAAAACUUAGAUAGAAGUUUUUGGCCUUUAGACUGACUCUUAGUAGUCCAGCAGGUUUGCUUUCCUCGUUUGUCCUCAUCGCUUUUUUUUUUAUCUAAGCUUGUGCGUGCGAAAGUCAAAAAAGAUUUUUGUGUCGCAGCGUCGUCACACUUCACAAAGUUUGGAGAGGCGUGUGUGCGAGUAGCUGCGGCUGCACUUUCUAACAGCUGCAGCUGCAUCAAUUGCAACUGCUUGCGUUACCACUGCAGCAUAUUUACUCAUCAUAAUUGCUGGAAAACAUUAAAGACGCACUCAAUCGAUUAGAGAUUUGCAGACUUUUUUUGCCCUCAUAGUCGAUCUAAGUAGUCAGAAGUUUCAGAAUCAUGUUGUUCGCGUUGAUUCUACGACUUCUCGUCCUCAAGUUUUGAUUUUCUCGGUGUACCAAAGAAGUUCGAUUCUUCUUUCUUACUACCUUUCUCAUUAAUAACGAAAUGUGGUUUGUAUCUUGAAAAAAUGUUUGUAUACAUGCUGACGUUUGCAAGAGGGCAGUUGGAGACACUGAUACAAGCCCCUUUGCUGCUGAUAGUAAUUAAGAUGCUCGAGGCAUCAUCCUUUCUAUCUCAACGAAUUCAGUUAAGUACUUAACCCUCUCUGUUCUGUUUAACAUUUUUCUAUCCUGAAAUUCAUCAAUGCAGCAGGUUUUAUCUUGUCACAGAGAAAUCUGGUCAUGAGCAGGUGGUUCAAGAUUGACCCUCAACAUCUAUGUAUCUUGAAGAUGCCGCUCUUCAGCAUCUAAAUGAUAAACACCUACAGGAGCCGGUCGACCACAAUCUAUAAACUCCUACAGGCGAAGAAAUAUACGGCAUUAGUGGCUGAGCGAGAUGCACAGAUAGAAAACGAAAGACGUGCUUUGAAGGAAACAGACAUGCACCAUCGUGAUCUGAUUGAAGAAUUGUUAUGGUCUUCUUGGUUGCUAUAGUAGUCGAAAUCAGUCAUUCUUCAUUGCUUCUGAGAACUUUGUACUAUCACUAAGCACAACUUGGACUAUAAACUUCUAGUAAUAAAUUUUCAUUGUUCCACGUUGAGGUCUUUGGUGUGAACGUGAAGGACGAGGAGGAGGAACCCAGACCCACAGCAGAGUUGUACUUCUAGUCAAAAAUAGAUUUGGGUAUAUCUUCGCUAAUUGCAAGCGGCAGAAAUGAGGAGCUCGAGCGAGAUCUGGCGGAUGCGCGUAGAGUCAUCGGCCGCCUCGGUCAGGAGAAGGAUGCCCUUAGAAGAGAAAAGGAAGAACAGGUAUAAGUAACUUUUUUCAACAUCGGAUCAUUUGGAACAACAAGUUGUAUUGGACGAUUUAUUAAAUUCCUCUUGAUUUUACCACACCAACAUAUACAUCAAAGGCGACCGCCUACGAUAUGCAAUGGGCAUCUAAGGACGUCUCCAGCCAAGAGAGGAUACAUUAAGGCUUGAGGAAAUCCAUCUUCACAGGCAUCUUACUUAGCCUUCCUGUUUUUGAAAGGAACGAAAGAGGCACCAAGAAGAUGCUCACCAAGAUCGAUUUCGGCAAGGUCUAAAUACAACUGCAAGACAGACAAAUAUCAGACCUGCAGAACAAACUCGAGAGAGCAACUCAGAGUUGUAAUACGGAGAAGGUACUAAUAUAUUCCGGUGACCUCCACCACUCAUCAAUUUUGAUUACAUUGGACAAUCGAUUGCAUUUACAUUUACUUCUUUUUUCUAAUUUGUAUAAUUAGGGCUCCACUGGAAUUUAUUAUAUUGGAAACCUAAAGGAUAGGGAGUACUGAUUCACCGCACCUCAUAUCAUGAUAAACAAGUGUUUCAAGACAGAGAAGUACCGGGACCAGUCAGUGAAGUCGCGAUGAAUAAAGCUAAGCAGUAGCUCUAGUUCUAGCCUAGCCUUGUAGUUCUAGAACUUCUAGGACGACUUCUCAGGUUGCGAAUAGCCAGUAUGAGAGACGGCUUGGUGAGAUGGUUGACGAGUCAAGGCAGCAUGAGCAAGAGAGAAAGGACUGGAAGCGUGAGAAGUUAAGGCUAUCGCUGAAGCAUAUCCUUAAUGUCAUCCUUGGCUGCUUUCCCAAGGGGAAAAGGGCUCAGGGAUGAACUCAAGGAUGCGACGCGGUAGCUCUAAAGAAGGGUGUGCUUGAAGAAGAGAAGCAGAGGCUCUUACAAGAAAAGGACGCAGCAGAGGCUCUGAAUGCAGAGCUUCUUGCAGCCACGAGUAAGGUUAAGAUAUAACCAUAUAUAUUAAUUUUUUUUACUCUGCUCGUUUCAAGAACAAUGUUUUCAAGUUGGAGCUACGAACACUAGGUAGUAAGAAGAGGAAAAGUUGCAUCACUAUCAUGAUAUCCUCUAAUAAACCCACUGAGGAUCGGUAUAUGUCACCGGAUGCAGCGACGAGUAGUAAAGGCGUGCGCGGACGAGAUACGGUAUUUAUAGAUACUUUUACUUCUGUUUUUGAUAUCGGUAUUGCAGAGAAGAACGAAGGUAUCGCUUGUUGUAAUUGCGAUAGUACUUACAGCAUCCCGUGCCUCUGUUUUCAUAUUUAGAUUCAAACGUCUGGAGCAUGGAUGAAAAAUAUGAUUAUAUGAUCUACAAAAGUUCUUUCACCACAACAAUGCAAUCGUUGACAGUUGCAGCAAGACUCAUCAAGUUUUGCGUCACCCGGAGACGAUACAACGUCAAGCAGUUCUAGUGAGCCUAUGGUAGAGGCACCGCGUAAAACGACGCAGGGAUUGCUUUUAAGAUUUUAGAGACUUCAUCUUCCUUCUUUAUUCCUAGUCAGUCUCUCUCUAGUUUGAUUUAGAGACUAAGCAAAUUAAUAGAAGCUAAAGCUAUCAGGCUAGCGCUAGUGAGUAGGUGAUGAAGAAGAUUGCAAAGUACGUAAUCAGAUCCAGAUCGUGUCUCUCAUCAGUAUCUAUCCAUUUAGUAGCUUUGGCUCUUAAUAUGCUAUAGUGCCACUGUUCUAAUGUUCAGUGCUCUAGGGAAUGCAGUUGGUUUUGGGUCAUCUCGAAGUCCAAAAUCCUCUCCCAGUCCGCCAAGGAAAUCCUCGUCAAAAACGUCUAAAAUACAAGUCGGAACCUCUUCUGCCAGUAGCAGCAUUAUGGUCAGGAUGAAAAGUGUGACAGUCUCCUUCGUCAAGCAGUACUAUAUUAAUAUUGUAACCUCUUUUUAGAUAGUGCAGUUAUUGUACUAACUGAUGGGAUGCGAAGCAGGGAACUUAGUUUUUUUGGCUUCGUUCUCCAUACCCGAGCAUUCGAUCACUGGCCGCUACGUCACGGAAACCUUGUUGUGCGUGCUUUCGCCUCGCACAACAAGAACAUUAAUUUUUUUGACUUCGACGCCAUCCCCAUCACUCGUGACCUCCUUAAAGCAACACUUGUUGAUUCAGAAUCUUAUUCAAGGUCGCCUUCUAAAAAUACCGCCUUUAGUCCACCUCCAAGAGGCUCUUCCUCUUCAGUAGCGGUCGACGAAUUAGUGCGGGAGAGGGACAGCCUUCUAGCCAAAGUAGAAAGACAACGCGCAGAAGGAGAAAAUUAUGACUGGUUCUAUAAUUUCAGACUUUGGGAUACUAGAAUGAAAGAGUCACUGACUCAUGACAUACCAGAAUAAGACCGGAGGGACAAAAAUUCCUAUUGAACUCAACGAGGGGGCGCGAAAGAGAAAUUCGAUGAGAAAUGAAAGGCUGUGAGCCUUCUAGACGUUAACUCUAGUAGGUACCUGGUGAUGAAUGCUGUUUGCAGUUUGAAUGUUUUCCAGAGACACUUCAACCUCUAUAGGCUUUGGCACUCACCAGCUAGGUUGUUUUUUUCAGCCAUAAUAGUACCCUGUCCCUGUCACGAAGAUACGAGUGUUGUAAUUCUCCAGAGAUGACACUCACCUCGUCUAAGAGAAGCAACGGAGUACGGUGAAUCGACUCGUGCUUGAAAUAGACGGGUACCAGGAUCAGAUCUCGGUGAUCCAGGGUGAUAAUAAAGUGCUAGCAGACCUCAGGUUAUGGUGGGUCUGAUUUCUUGAAUUUUUGAUUGGUUACGGGAUUAAGCAGCUAGAAGAAUCGGUGAUGUAAGUGAAUGAAGGAGUGGCUGGCUUGUCUUUCUUGGUAUCUAGAUCGAAAUACGAGACUAUACGUUGCAAUGAACUAGAAAGAAGUAAAUAUAUUCCAGAAUGCGAGGAGCAAGAGCAACAGCUUCCACCCUUCUCUGUUUAUUUGGUACACCUCUAAGCGCAAGCGAGAACGAGCAGUUACGGCAAGAGGUUCGGGUUGUCAAAGGACGUCUCAGUGCAGCAAGUGGCCACGGAAAUUUGGAGGCGGAGAAUGAAGAAUUGCAUCGCAUGUACAAAAAAAUGGAGCAGCAAUGUUAAGAGCACAGAAGGGAUUGAGAGUUCUCAGAUCUUCGCGAUCAUCAUUGUCGGUUUAGAAGGGCUUAUCAUCAGCAUGCAUUAGCAUUUUUACCAUCUUCGUUUUCAUCAUCAUCCUCAUACAUCCUCGUUGAAGAUGUUCACUUUCCAUCCCUUUCUUGUCCUUGUUGUUCAUAUUGAGUUUGCCCAUGCCCAUCUGAUCCUGAUACUGAUAUUCUUCUAAGCGCAGCUGGAGAACAAGAAGGACGUCGACCGGUUAAAAGCAGGCGAAGCUAAGCUAAAGGAAGAGCUCCAGACUGUGCAGUUUCGAGUAUUAUCUUUGUCUUUCUAAGGAGAAAGUCCUACGACCUCCCUCAGGUUCAAUCUUGUAAACCAAAUUCUUGAAAGUAGCUCUACUGGAAGUAUUUUUUCGUCGACAACUACUACUUUAUCAGGCGAACGACAUGACCGCUCGACAGAAACCUCUGGAAGAACGGGUCACGGAAUUACAGGGACAAGUAGAGUACUGGCGGAAACACAGCGAAACGCUGGAACAAAAAACGAAAUUAGCAAAUGGGAGGCACAUAACAGGAGGUACUGUAUGUUCUAGCAAUUCGUAGAUGUUCAGUCACUUCUUUAGGAAAAGAACUACUCAACAAGACCAUCAUCUUUAAUGCUGAUAGUGAGAAAAAAUCACUGCUGUUUACCUACUUUGAUAACAAAACUCAUUUAGGUGACAUUGAGGAGCAGCCUGUUUCUCCUUCAGGGUCAGGCGGCGGGUCUCCCCAGGCAUCUACGCUGACACGGAUUCAGCAUGAGCGAGAAAGGCUAAUGCAGAAGCUCGAUAAACUAAACAAAGAUUAUGGCUAGGUAGUUUAUGCGAAAAGUGAAAGUAAGGCAGCGAGUAACAAAUACAAUAACCGAGUAUCUGAGAUUGUCAUCUUCUAGAUUACUCGCGUAUUUCAGUUUAUCGAGUGUACGAAAUAAUCGGAGUAAAGUUUAUGUUAUCACUAGACAUUCUCCCUCUAAUAACAGCAGGAGGAUGCCCAGAAUGCGCUAGACAAGGACCGGCUCAUAGGAGACUCUAUGUGGUACUAUUACAAUGGCCAUAUUAUGUAUGAUUAGCAAGCCCCCAGAAGUGCUGGAACAAAAGUUGACUCAGCGCACCAUUUUUUUAUAUUUAUUUGAGGCAGAAAAAUAAGUAAGAGAAUAAGAUGGAAGAACGAUCAUGAGUAUCUCGAUGUUAUUGGAUAUUCGGCUGGUGAGAUAAUCAAGUUUUUUCUUCCUUCUUUCUCGUAUUAGUGAUAGUGUUUCGCCUUCAAUAUCCAUGAACGCGGCAACAUUCUCAAAUCAGGUUACGAGAUUUGCCAGUCGCUCCAUCCCGUGAGAGCACGAUGAUGACAAGAAAAGCAGAAAAAGCCGCUGCAGGGCAUAAAUUCAAGAUAGCGAAUCUGCUAGAAGGCGAGGAGAUCACUGACUCUUAUGCUGAGGAACAAUAGGAACAUGAACAGCCACCAUAAUUAGCAACAGCAUCACGUGACAACCAUCAACAAUAUUAACCACCACGUACUAGGUUUACCGUCGUCGAGCAACAAAAACAAAGUAGUAACAGCAACCACCACGUACUAGCACAGGGCGUACCCAUGUUGAUCAUGUACUAAGAACCGAUAGCAUGAUGAACAGCAUGAUCUCAAGAGAGACGUUUAAUCGUCCUCUAAGUUGUAGAAGGCAGCGAGAGGCCGUCGGAGCAACAGUCAGAACGCUCAAGUACGUCGCCGCCGAAGAGAGUAAGUUCUGACUCGGGUAUAGCAACCACAGUCCCUGAAACAGAGGAAGGCAAGGAGCUAAAAAUUAUGAAGCGGAUGAUUCCAAUUUACUUGUUGAACUGCGACUGACAGGGUCAAAAAAAGACAGGACAUUUACUUGUAGCGUGAAACUACUGCGAACAGUAAUUGAGGCAACGUCAAUGUCAACGACCUGCUGAGUAUUAUCAGAGACUAACGAGGGUGAAUUCAAUCGUGUAUUUAAGUAAGUAGUCUGAGUUUCGAAGUCAUGUCGAAAUCAUUAGAUGGGAAGGCACAGCACCACAAACUCAUGUUGCCAUGUAAAUAUUUUGCUGUUCUAAGAAGCAGCAAGCCUUUAGGGCAGUAGGCAAAGACGACGACGUGGCUCUCGGAAAAAUCAUACGAGGUACUACAACAUCUUCAAGUACGUGUUUCCAUGUUUCAGAAUCAAUACAUAGGCUACACUUCCUGCUACACUUCUUGAUCCACAUCAACAAGGCCAAUGUUUACUUACAUGAGAUGAGAUUUGAAUCUUAUUUGCCUGCUUUUUUGACACCAGAUUUAGAUUGCAAGAUCUGGCUCGGUUGGAGGAAUGGAGGCGGAGACACCCUCUUAAAUUAAGGCUUUAUACAAUACGACAUGAUUGAUAUAAGAUGAAAGAGGGUUUUUCUAGCUAGGUACCACGACGCUUUGACUUAGGUACCACGACACUUAUUCAUGAUGAUAGAGAAAGGUUCUCUUUUUUCUUGGUAGGUGCCACGACAUAAUGCAGCAAUUACAAACAUACAGAGUGAUUGAAUGUGGGGACAAAAAUUUGGCACAAUUUGGCUGGGAAUUUGGUGAAAAACUAAAAAUUGAAGUAAAUUCUUAAUGCUAAAACACUCUAGGCGAAGUCCUGAGUCUGGACUUCGCAGAACCUUAACAAAGUUCCCAAUUCCUGCAAACAGCAAGACGCUACCAUGAGUUCGAAAAUCACACAACAGCCCAUAGGUGAUCAGAGUGAUGAAUUCGCGAGUCGCAAACCGUGGCAAAGAACCGCAAGUCCCGACAUCGCUGGAGCGCUACCAAAAACCAAAAAAACGCGAACGCAUCAGACUCGAUGAAAAAGUUGCAAUCUCGACUCUCUGACUCCUCGGUAAAAAUUCAGAUGGUGGACCCGUCACUUCGCUGCAGUAAGCUCACCUCUUCCACUCGUCAAGACAGUCAGGAAACAUCAAAAACUAGAGAAACGCGCGCCCUGAUCUUGAUCUCUUGGAAUCAGGUUACCAAGCCCAGGACGGAGCACAGUAGGCGACUGAGACGGAAAAGAUGACCCGAAACAAGCCACAGACGAAAAGCCCGCGCAUUUUCUCCCUGAAGAUAAGAGACUGAGACGGAGCACAAUAGGCGACUGAGACGGAAAACAUGACACGAAACAAGCCACAGACGAAAAGCCCGAAAGUUUUCCCCUUGAAGAUAAGAGACUGAGACGGAGCACAGUAGGCGACUGAGACGGAAAAGAUGACCCGAAACAAGCCACAGACGAAAAGCCCGCGCAUUUUCUCCCUGAAGAUAAGAGACUGAGACGGAGCACAAUAGGCGACUGAGACGGAAAACAUGACACGAAACAAGCCACAGACGAAAAGCCCGAAAGUUUUCCCCUUGAAGAUAAGAGACUGAGACGGAGCACAGUAGGCGACUGAGACGGAAAAGAUGACCCGAAACAAGCCACAGACGAAAAGCCCGCGCAUUUUCUCCCUGAAGAUAAGAGACUGAGACGGAGCACAAUAGGCGACUGAGACGGAAAACAUGACACGAAACAAGCCACAGACGAAAAGCCCGAAAGUUUUCCCCUUGAAGAUAAGAGACUGAGACGGAGCACAGUAGGCGACUGAGACGGAAAAGAUGACCCGAAACAAGCCACAGACGAAAAGCCCGCGCAUUUUCUCCCUGAAGAUAAGAGACUGAGACGGAGCACAAUAGGCGACUGAGACGGAAAACAUGACACGAAACAAGCCACAGACGAAAAGCCCGAAAGUUUUCCCCUUGAAGAUAAGAGACUGAGACGGAGCACAGUAGGCGACUGAGACGGAAAAGAUGACCCGAAACAAGCCACAGACGAAAAGCCCGCGCAUUUUCUCCCUGAAGAUAAGAGACUGAGACGGAGCACAAUAGGCGACUGAGGCGGAAAACAUGACACGAAACAAGCCACAGACGAAAUGCCCGAAAGUUUUCCCCUUGAAGAUAAGAGACUGAGACGGAGCACAGUAGGCGACUGAGACGGAAAAGAUGACCCGAAACAAGCCAUAACGGCAACUCAGCUCUCCACUAAAUCUCCUACGAAACACCACCAGGAUCACGACAACGAAGAACCACCAGGAUCGAAUAAGCACUGCACGCCGACGCUGUCGAUCAAGAUUCACGAUGUAAACGAAGAAGUGCGCACUUCACUCGAGACUGACUGGCAGGCUAUUUCUCCGAUGAUUCCAUCUCUCAACCCUCAGCUUACAUCAUCUACUCGCCCCAACUCUCAACCUCAUACCACUACCGCAACCCGGCCUAUAAGAAUCAGGAGAAUUGCUUCUGUUAGUUCAUGAAGCAACCAACGCGAACAAGUUGCCCCGUGUUGGCUGCUUCACGAUCCAGGAGGCGCCCGCGUGGGGGACGUACCUAUAGGGUUUUUGCCUCCCAUCACUACCAUAAAACUCGCACGAUGUUAACGCCGCAAAAGUCGCAAACCAAGGCCGUAGAGGUGCUCCGGAGAUUUCUCACUUCACCACGCAACGCAGGAGAACACAGGCACACACUGUCGCGCACAAGUCUACAACGGCCAGAAGUUGCGUUUAUCCAACGCAUAGCAGAGCCGGCGUUUUCUAGAUUUUCACGACUGUCCCGACAUUCCACCUAUCCAGCUUUUCGACCCUGCUCCACUAUCCGCAGUUUCGAACUUUCGCUGUGCCUGUUGUUAUUCGUGAAAAACCCGAACCCAGUGGGGUACGGCAAGCAUGUAAAAAAAAGACUUCCUACACAAGUACUCAUAUCCUAAAAAACUAAUUUUUCGCACCAACUUCUGAACCACAGAAAACUACCGAAAAAGCUACUUUCAUCCAAAUUUUUCGCCAAAUUGUGCCAAAUUUUCGAACCUGGAACAAUCGCUCUGCAUGUUCAUAAAGCAAGUGACAGGGUCUUCCUAGCUAGGUACCACGGACACUUUUUUUCAGGAUGAAAGAGAAAGACAAACAGAAAGUGGAUGCACAUCCACCUUCAAUGCACGUGCACCACCUUCCUGCUUAUAAUAGUAAUAAACAUCAUAGGUUUAGGUAGAAGAGCAAAGUUAAAGUAGUUCUCCACCUUUCAUCUGAAUCUGUGUUGAGCUUAGUAGUUGUAUUCACUUUCACAGUAAGAAGAAUAGUCCUUUGGCGCAGUAAGAAGUAGAAUAGUCCUGCUUUCACCACUUCUAUUACAACUUCUAAUUCCAAAUGGCGGACGUUCGGAAACGAGAGAAAACUCUCCACCUUCUCCGCAAGUCGAUGGGCGUUUCGGAAUUAGCACAGACCGAACGGCAAUUGCAAGAGAAGGAUAACGUCUGCUAUGGAUCGAUGAUCUUAGAUGAUAGAAGACAAAAUAAGGGGUCGUAAGGUAAUGAGGACUAUACAUACCUGUGUAAGUAUACGCACCAUCCGAAAACACAGCUCUGCACAGAGUCAGUUUUUCAUCAUUGAGUCUAUUACAACUCAGUUGUAGGAUUUCCUAUCAUGUUGCUCAUACUAUUGGCAAGGCUCCUCUUGCUCAUCCUUGUGUCCUUCCUUAACCUCCAUAUUCUAGCCCUACCAUCCAAAUUCUCGUACAGUACAACCUGGUUCUGGUAAAUGUGAGGGUAAACUACAAUCCAAAGAGAGAGAUCCUGCUUCAUUGAUAUACAGACCAACUCCUACGAGGCAUCCUGACAUGACAUAUGAACUUCCUGUUCUAAGCUUUGGUCUUCCGCGAGUUGAACGAUCCUCAACCGGAGCAAGGGAGUGUGAAAGGCGUCGUGCCUAGCGAGAGCGGGGACCCGAAGGACUACCUCGUCUUAGUCCAAUAUUGGAGCGGCAAGACGAAGGAUGAAUAUUAUGAAGAACCUAGUAGUUCUAGAGAAAAUGAUGAUAUUCGAAAUUUAUCACUAGAAAAUCACCAGAAUAUCAGGGACUUCGACGGACAACUCGUUUACUAGAAAAAAUAGCCGAGUCAGUGGAGACUGAAGUAGGAGAGGUUCUCUCGUCAUCAGGCUAGUGGUAGUGCAACUGGUCCUGCUUCAGGUUCAGUGUCUUCUCGGUCAUUCCGAUUAUUGUUACUUGCUUUCCCUUACUUCAGAUACUUGCUUAUUUCAGGGUAUCGAAGACUCUUACUCUCUGAGAGCAAGAACAUCUUAGAGCAAGAACUAUGUAAUGCGGUUAAGAAGAACGUACACAUUUCUACUCUUUCUAAUCACUUCUUUCAUGAUGUAGAACUGCAGACUCAAUCUUGAUGAGGAAGAGUUGGAGUUAUUAGAAGACAGGUUAUUGAUCCCAUCCUAUCUAACACAUCAGUAGAGAAGUUGAGAUAUUGAGGUGGAUGUACUCCUUGUAGUGGAAGAAUAGUCACACAAUGAAGAUCAAGAUCUACUAGCUCUUGUUAUAGUAAGUACUUAAUAAUAAUAUCCCAUGUUGGUAGUUCUACUUCUAUCUUGUUUAGUCCUGCUUAUGCUCGGGUUCUUUUGUUCUAAGAUCUCAUUCCUGCGAUUCGAUGUCGGCUUAUGCUGAAUAAUAGCUGGGAAAUUCCAGGGGCAACAUAGCAGGAGCGACGCGAAGUCCAGUAUGGGAGGGGAGGAGGAGAAAUUAACGCAGUCGACUGCACCUGAAGAGUAACAAUAAAUCUUGAGAAUGAGUACUUAGAAGAUGUUGAAAGAACUUUUUUAUAAGUACGUCGCAGACAGCAUCUUAAUCUUUUGUAGGCUGCAUGCGCACGCCAAUUAUUAUGCCAAUGAAUUUACAAUGGAAUCACUUAAAGACAGCAGGAACAUCAUCAAAGAGUUGGAGAGAUUAGGAACAUCAAAGUCCUAUAGGCGAUGAAUUUACAAUGAAAUAAUCAGCAAAUCAGAGGGGGCCACUUUUCUCGUCAAGAGAAAUACGUACUUUCUCCGCAGUAAAAACAGGACCAUCAUCAAGACUUUUACAUGAGACAAAAAGGACUUUCACUUUUUCACCGAAGUAGAAUUCGUUGAACCCAUGUUUUAGACAAAAAAGAAUGUUGAUGUUGAUGAGAUACCAAAGAGGAAACUGACAAGUAAAUCGUUACGAAUAACAUGAGUACCACCACGAGCAAGGUAUAACAUGCUACUGCGUUUCACGGCAUUGAUUAGCAUUCGUUUCUAGACCUGUUGUGCUUGUUGUGUCCAUCGAGGGGCUAAGCCUUGUGGUUUCUUACGGUACAACUGAUUAGUAUUUAUGAUUAGCAUUCGUGUCCGCAUUUAGAAUUAGGAUUAGAAAGACCAAUAGCGGUGCUAUUCUUUGAUUAGCAAUAGUUUGGUUCAUAAAGGAUGGCCAUUGUUAGCUUUUUCAUCUACGAGGCCGUCGGAUCUCACUUCGCGGUUGAUGCUAUACAGAUUUAGGAAUUCUUGAUUCGUGUUUUUCAUUUUGUGUAAUGCUCCGGGGGAGCGUAAGUUGUCACGUGGUUCGCCAAUGAAUGAAUGAAGAUGAAGAUUAAGAAGCUCCUCUUCAUGAAGAAUCACGAAAAAUUUUUUUGGCUCUUUCUGGGAAAUUUGAAACAUGGAUGCAGGUGGCUUUUAUGGUGCUUGUACUUAGCAUUUUUUAUUCUGGAAAUGACCCAGCAGUAGGGGAUGAAUUUGUUUUAUAUGACUAAAAGUUGUAGUUGUUGUUGAAGAGCAAGAACAUCAGCAUGACGCAGAUAGUCAUGAUCAUCUCUACGGCAGUAUAUGCAUGCAUGGCCACCGCCAUCGAGAGGCUUGCUGAAGAUUACAGAUUACUCAUUAUCACAUGACUGAGAGAAC